AUGGCUGAGUCGGCCGAGGUGGUGGUGAAGACAAAGACGAUGUAUCGUAUGGGGAGACCGAAGAUUUCCUGUUGUUUUCCGGUGAGUUAAGACUAGAAAAGUUUCGUUCACUGUUUGAAGUCGGCAGUUUUAGAAGCAAAAACAGACCUUCGAUUUUAUUAUGUUAGCUUAGCAUACCAGCUAGGUCAGCAGCUAGCUCGGCUAACCCAAGUGUAGUAAACGUUUACACGUGUUUACCAUAGACUGUAUAUACUGUAUUCUAUAUACAGACAUUUAGCCAGCAGGAAGGUCAUUGUGUAAUCUGGAUUUAAUGUUAAAGUGGAGGUUUUGGGGUGUGAGAGUGAUGAGUUGCACUGAUCAGUCAGGGUGUCUGCUGCAGUGGUAUCAGCACUCUGACCUGACUCUACCUGAGGACACACCGCGUGCACAGGGGCCAUCUGACUCUAUCCUCUACCCUCCAGCUGAAAUACUCAUAAUUGUUUUUAAAAGAAUGAGCGAUCACUAAACAAUGUCGGUUUAAGAUCUGUAUUUAAAUCCCAUUAUUUUUUUAUCCAGGUUCAAGUCUGCCAUCUUAAAGGGAUGGUGUGUCUCAGACCACCUCAACCAGGGUGAGACCCGGAACCUAGGUCCUUCCUCUCUCAAGGUCUGUAUGAUGAGCUCACUUCCUUCCAUAACCUGUAGUAUUGUACCUUUGUCUUCCGUGAUGCUGCUUAUUGAAGGGAUAUACACCUAACUUCAUCAACAGUACAUAAAGGAUCCCAGCCACAGCACUAGCCACCAAACAUCUUCUUAGCUUUGCCUAAAUUAGCAAAGACUAAACACAACUCACCUACUCUCUUCCAGCAGCCGCUUGUUUGUACAGAGACCUCAGACCAGGCCAUUACGGACUACUGCAGGAUGACGCAGCUCAAGGAAGAACAUUUAUGAUCAUUUCUUCAUGGAAAUACAAUCAGACUGAGACGCUAAGACAAAGGAACUACUGUGUCUGCAGUACAAAAUGAUUAAUAUGAUGAUUAUUACUUCAAGGAAAUGAUAAAGAAAUGAUCAUAAAUGUUCUUCCUUGAGCUGCGUCACCCCGUUGUAGUCCAUAAUGGACUGGCCUGAGGUCUCGCUACAAACAAGCGGCUGCUGGAGGAGAGAGGGUGGGUUGUGUUUAGUCUUUUUGCUAAAGAAAUUAGACUAAGUUAAAGGAUGUUUGAUGGCUAGGACCCUAUAUGUACUGUUGAUGAAGUUAGGUGCUGUUCUGAGCAUUAUUUGUGGCUAUAGAGUGGUGUUUUGGUUGUGUAUUGCUAUCGUGCGGUCGUUACUAAAGUUGGUGUAACUAGAGAAGCAAGCAGUCGGCAAAAUUCAUCUCUUGAUGGGGGUGUCUAACUCGGUGUUACAGUGUGUUCGACCCUAAAUUGAUUUUACGCCAGAAUAUCCCUUUUUCAAGAUACAAGUGUGAAUUGAAAUUGCCAGUUUUUUCAAGCAAUCAAUUUUUCCUGUCAUCCAUCCCAUGCAUGCCCCAACUCUCUCACAACACUGCUCUUUUUCCUGUCUAUGUUUUAUUGGUCUUAUGUAGGAGGUUUGACAAUGAUGAGUUGCACUUUUUGACUGGUUUGCUGGUGGCAGUUGCACUGCAGAUCUGUCCUGAUUCUCUGUGGCGACACCCGAUGUGCACAGGGGCCAUCUGAGUCACCUCCAAACUUGAGAGCUUCUGCUUUUGUUUUUGUUACUCUUCAAAUUUCCAGUCUCGCACUACUUCUAUUCUGCCUUCUCCCCUUUCCAGACUGGAGAUCCGCGAAUUGAAGGAUAUGGCUCAGCCGCCUGUUCAAGUUAAUAUCAACAGGAUGAAAAGAAACUCUCCUGACAGCCACGGUGUGCAGGAGAACUCCUACCUGCGAGCUGGUAAGGACACACACACGCACCUUAUUUCAGUCAACUUUUGCGUUUUCAAUCAAGAGCAAAUCACUUUCUCCUCAGUUUGUCCUCUUUGCAGCUUAUCUUAAUUAAACAAGUUACACAUAAAAGCUUCAUUUAAAGACUCACCCAGUAUACUGAGUGAAUAAACCAAGGCACAUGAGCUCACAGAAAUAAAAUGCAGGAAAUGAAGAGAUGUGGAAAAAUAAAUUCUUAAAAUCGAAGCCCUGCAGAUUUACUGCAUUCAGAUUUCUGCAACGGAUCACAAAUCUCAUGGGUUGGUUCAAUUUACAGAUGAACAGAAAAAGAAUUCGAGAUGCUUUCCACUGCUUUCAGAGCAAUGACUCCUGCUUCAUUUCAAAGCCCAACAAAUCACCACACAUCUCAAUAACAGGGUUUCCCACAAACAUUACUCAGCAAAAGCCUUUUUAUCCAACAAAGCGUGUUGGAGAAGGACUUUUUAAAAUUAUGCUUUGAGGAUGAAUUAUUGAGCAACUUGACAAAAUCGAUCAUUUCACUCAGAUCAGGAGUCAGCUCUACUUCCCUUUGGGUCAUGCUGACUGUUACUGGUCUGUGACUGCAGGGAUUGCCAGAGUGGUGUCAUCACAUGCAAGACAGUUUUAAAGAUUUAUCCUUUUUAAAAAAAUGACUUUUGAAUUUAAAAAUUGUAAAAAAAAAAAAAUUGCGGUACUCUCGAUUUCUUUCUCUCACUCACUCGCUCCUUUUUGUUGUCAAUUUCAUUAUCGGUACAUUUUCAGUUUAUCGCCCAGUCCUAAAGAGAAGUUGUGCCGUCAGCUAACAUCUAUAUUUUUCUUCCCAACUGUCUAUGCUCUUUUUGUGCAGUUAGCCAUAAAUACUGUCUGCAGCAGAUGUGCAUCACUGAGUGGGCUACAUCAUAAAUGUUCAUCAAGUUAACUCCCCAUGAAAGUGUCGCUUUUAAAGAUCCUGUAUCCUGUCAUAUGUGUGUAAAAUGAUUCAGAGGCAAAUCUAUAAAAUAAGAAUUUUUUUUUUUCCUGCACUAUAUGUUACAAGUUUUCCCAUCAGUAAGAAGAACCUGUUAUUGGCACCAUUUUUAUUAUUUAUUGGCUGUUUUUAUCAGGUUAACAUGCCUGACUUGAUUUUUUUCCAUGUCACAGAGUGCUGAUGACAGACGUUCUGUUUCCUUUCGGCUCUAAUUAUAUGAAGUCGGAGGGAGUUUUCACUGAGACACCACAGGCUCUGCUGUCCAUUCAGAACAUUCGUUAGUUUCUCGCUGUGAUAAUAACCCGGUACAUUUCUAUUUAUCAUUGCACAGCAGUUGCCAGCAUACAGUGGCUCUGCUGGUCAUUAAUGACCCACUUAAAAACUUCCUCUAGCUGUGAUCGGUAACCUACUUGAUAGUUAGACUCUGUGUUUUUUGUGUUUUUUAAACAAACUGCCUACGAUAGCUGUUUUUUUUUCCUCCUGUUUGUCUUCACUACUUCUUUAGCCAAAUGAUCCGCUCUGUGUUGAAAUCCUCCCUCUUCUCCUUUAUCCUCACAGGCUGCCUCGUGCAGAGCAGCAGCCAAAGUUUAGUCUCGAUGGACCUCCACCUGCUUUACCUGUCCUCCAUCCUUGAUCCCAGAUUUGCCGCAAUGGCCAAACUUCAUGUUGGAAACACAACCGGUAUGUGUGCAGCCUGGAGCGUCACGUUGUUGCUGCUUGGAAGUGUCUCAAAGGCUAUGUUCACUCUGCAGGUUAUGAUGCUCCCAACUCUGAGGUUGUUUUAUUUGCUCUUACAGGUUGUUGAUGUCCCCAGUGACCUAAAGACUCGGUGUGCAGGUUCAGUGUGCACAGGUAUUGGGACAUUUUCUUGUUAUUGAAGGUGGGGUCGGCAGAAUCUGAGGAAGUGCCAGUUUUUAGGAGAAAUCUUGAAUGUAAACUCUACCCCUCCCAACCAGUUUUCCCCUCAGCUCCUCCUCUCUGCUCCAGCAAGCCCCGUCCACAAACAGUCACUCCUGCUCGCUCGUAUCGUUUCAAUUAAAUUCAGAUAUAAGGCAGAUAAAUACUUCAGAUAAUUACAAAUGGGGCCCAGUCAAGGUGAAAGUCAAAAGCACUGAACAACAAGGGAGCAGCGCCUGCCUCACAACCAAUCAGGUUGGGGGAGACGGGGAAAGGCUUUGUUUACAGUCAGAAAGAGCGGGCUGCUCAAAAACUUUACAAUGUUGACUACACAGACAUAACAAAACACAGCGAUAUCGUUAUUUUACCAAAUAUCAUCGAUGACUAAUAGCUAUGGACUGAUAUUAAAAGCUUUUUUGUAUAUAAACCACAAAAAAGAUGCUUCUUUAACGGAUUCCUGCCUACCCCACCUUUAAUACUCUUGUUCAUGUAUGCAUGAAAACUCCUGUAUACUGUACAUAUUGUCAGUAAAUGGAGGAGGAGCGAUGUAUUAAAUGUUUUUUCUGCUUCUUAGAAGGAUACGAUGUUUGACCGGGGAAUCAAGCCAUCAGUGAUUGUGAAUCACAUGAACAGUGUGGCAGCUGCACAUCAUCCACAGUGUGAACAGCAGUGACAGUUGUGCAUCAUGGCAGGACACCGUCCAGGCCUUAUUGCCGGUGAGCGACACACAAACGGAGAACAUGCAUUUCAAGGAGUUUCGGUUCAGCCAUCAUCUCUACAGUCAGACGGAUCUGUGGUAA